UAAAAAAUAAAAAUAAAAUAAAAAUCUAUCUUCGACCGGCCUUGUCUGAUACGCUAUCCCAUCAAAAUUCAACAUCCUCAGUGAUUUUUUCUAGCGUGAAGGUUUUUGUAGGGUUUCUCCUUAGCCCCCACAAAACCCAACAUCUGGAAACUGCAAAAACAUGGGUUCUUUGGGAAAUGGGAGAGAGAGACCAAAUGGAGAAAAAGGAGCAGAGAAGGAGGAGGAGGAGGAGCCGAUAUUAAUGGAGCAGACGCAGAGGUUCUGUAUGUUUCCUGUUCGGUACAAGCAAGUCUGGGAGAUGUACAAGAAGGCCUUGGCCAGUUUCUGGACUGCUGAGGAGGUUGAUCUCUCCCAUGAUAUACAGCAGUGGGACACUUUGUCUGACUCUGAAAGACACUUUAUAAGCCAUGUCCUUGCAUUUUUUGCUGCAUCUGAUGGGAUUGUUUUGGAGAAUUUGGCUGCAAGAUUUCUAACUGAUGUUCAGAUUCCAGAGGCUCGGGCAUUCUAUGGAUUUCAACUUGCAAUGGAGAAUAUCCAUUCAGGAGAUGUACAGCUGCUUUUGGAGACAUACAUCAAGGAUUCUACGGAGAAGCAUAGAUUGUUCAAUGCAAUUGAAAGCAUUCCUUGUGUGUCUAAGAAGGCUAAGUGGGCUUUGGAUUGGAUACACAGUUCCAAUUCAUUUGCGGAGAGACUUGUUGCUUUUGCGUGUGUCGAAGGAAUCUUUUUCUCUGGAAGCUUCUGUGCCAUAUUCUGGCUUAAAAAGAGGGGACUAAUGCCCGGGUUGACAUUCUCAAACGAGCUUAUAUCUAGAGAUGAGGGUCUUCACUGUGAUUUUGCUUGCCUUUUGUACAGUUUGUUGCAGAAGCAACUAAAUUGGGAAAAAGUUCAUGGAAUUAUAAAUGAAGCUGUUGAGAUUGAGACUGAAUUUGUUUGUGAGGCCCUCCCAUGUGCAUUGAUUGGCAUGAACUCAGAUCUUAUGAGCCAGUACAUAAAAUAUGUUGCUGAUCGACUCUUGGUUGCGUUAGGUUGUCAGAGGAAGUACAAUGUCAAAAAUCCUUUUGACUGGAUGGAGUUUAUUUCUUUGCAAGGAAAGACGAACUUUUUCGAGAGAAGGGUCGGUGACUAUCAAAAAGCAUCUGUUAUGUCAGGCCUCCAAGAUGGUGGCAAAAAUUUCGUCUUCAAGUUGGACGCCGACUUCUAGUUCACCAAAUUUGUUGCAGCCUGCAACUUCCACCAGCAUUGUACUGACUCUUAUCUGAAACUAACUAAAAUUUUGUUACUAUUCUUUGUGGUAGCAAUUUGUAUAUUGUAUUUCGAGGUAGUCAUAGUCACCGACACGUGAUAUUAUGUAUUGAUGAGUAGAUGUACGUGGGUUUCAGUGGACUCAUAUACAUCAACGAUCAAAAACCCGGCCUCGUGGGAUCAAUCCUAGUAUUAUUCAUAUAUUCAUUCUGUUAACUUAGGUGGUUGUCAUUAUCAAUAAAGAAUUUUUUGUUUCUAUAAUUUAAUUUUUAUUAUUUAUCAUAA